AUGAACGACAUACGUCAGAGACACAGAGCAAAAUGCCUCGAGUUCUUCAAAGCCCGCUAUAAACAGCGUAUCCACUACUAUGAUCUCAUUCCAUAUGAGAUGCCCACCAAACGUGCCCAUAACAUCGACCCUCUUUUGCCAUAUCUACUAAAUGACAAGUCGUUCUACCAAGCAAGACUCUAUGCCUCUGACACUUCGCAAGAUUUUGAAAUGGCAAGAGCGCUAUGGGAAGCUGAGGGCAUGAACCCCGGUGACUACACAGGCCUCCUGGAAUUUGUAUCAAAUCCAAGAAGCGCAUUUUGGGCAAUAUACCAUGAUGAGGCAUUUAACACAACACACAUUCGCUACCACAAAGAAAUGAGUCUUGUUGAACUAUUGGUUGCACUCAGCAGAUGGCCCAAACGAGAUCAAGAUCUAGCGCAUCGCACUAUCGCAACUACGAUGGAGACCUACAUGCAUUACCUUUUGGGACACCAUUAUGGAGCAUUCUGGACUUUGAAGCCAAUGAAACAGAACAAUCACAUGUACCCUCUUGAAUUCGGUCUCAUGGUCUACAUUGAAGAACAAUGGAAGAAUAUUGCAUGGGUCUACCUAGACUGUGCAGUCCCUGCGAUUCCAAACUUGGAUAUAUUAGGAGAUGUAGAAUCAUCGCUGUUGGAUCGCAUAGAGAAAGAUCAAGUCUUUGGCCGAAGUGAGAGCAGAGAAACGCCUCGUUCCGUUCACGUCCUUUUCUCGUCUGCCGGCACCGGUAAAACACGACAGAUAUUUGAAUUAUUGCAAAAGCAGUGGGGAUUUUAUCUUCUUGCCCCAAAUCUGGCCCCAAAAGCGGAACUAUCAAGGACUGAUGGAUCAUCCAGAGAUGAUUCCAGAGUGGAUUUCCAAAAACAUCAAUGUCUUCCGGCCUCUUAUCGUCGCGCGUGUUGCUCUUCUUUACGAAUUUUUGCGUACCCUUCUCCAACACCAAGACAAUGGCUCUGGCUGCAGAUAUCCUGUGACAACUGCGAUCCGUUCGAUGCCUUGUAUAGACUUUUCAGGCUGUCGGCAGACCGAUACCUAUGGUGGGAUGAAUAUGUCUACGUUUGGGCAGAAAUACCGGCCUUCAUCGUACACAAAUGCUACAGCUUUCUCAGUAAACAUUCCGACCAGUUGUUUAAAGGCUCGUUGUAUCACUGUUUCGAUGAAGCACAACUUACUUUCGACGAUCCUCAGUCUUCCUCGAUGCUCAGUCACUUCUAUGCAACACUCACAUUAAUGUAUGUUGUACCAUUGGCUGGCCCUAACACGGAAGAACUCGGUGAUGAUCAUAUGGAAGAUCAGGAGAGUGAUACAAGAUCAUUGCAAACCAGUGAUGCGAUGCCAUAUAUAGACCCUAUCCUGGUGAUCUCGGGAACAUCACUUCGCCUGGAAGUACUUAAAGAAAAGCUUGCCACCUACUCUUCAGACGCAUGGGUUGAGGGCGGAGAAGCAAUGAAGAAAUGGGACAGUAAUCGCAUUGACGAUACAUUUCAACUAAUUGCAUCUGACGCAGACUUUUGGGCGCUCUACGAGAAACAUACGACUGAUAUCCUCAAAGAAUUCAGAACCUUCCGAGGUGUAAAGGAAACUGUAACUUGGUCAAGCUUACCCCUUUUGAGCCGCAGUGGUCGCCCUUUGCCGUUUGAGUCAUCUGAGGUUGAUUUCGAUUCAAUUGAGGCAUGGGCACGGAGACCAUUGGGGGUUCCUACGAUGCAAGAGUUUCUGGUCCUGGUCAUGCAGGCUCAUUGCUUGAUGGAGAGCGACAAGAUUUCCACUGAUAUCCCACGAGUGCAGCUAGAAGAGCUUCUUGAGAAUCGAGAUUCAGAAGCUGUUGCUUCGCUUGUUACUCUGAGUCUCGUCCAACUCCUCAAGGCCGAUACAGUACCAGGAGCAGAUAGUUUGGGUCUUUCAUUGCUAGAAUUACUGGCCGAGCAUGGGAAUAUUGCUAUAGAGGAAAUGUCUUCCAUCAUGCAGAACAUAUUUUCGCGAGUGGCAACUCCCAAUACAUCGCUGAGUGGAAUAGCAGCGACUUUACACAUUGGUCUGAGAAACCUGCACGUCCGAAAUAUGAUCAAGUUGCACAGUAUUGGUCAGCGUGGACGAUAUCGAUGGUCAACGGUCUACAUUGAGGAGUUGAUGAUGCUUUAUCCGCGUUUGACCGCCCCAGGAUCGACUCUUUCAGAAAUACAAAUGAUCAUCGAGGAGGCAGAAAGCAGAACGAUAGCAGCAGUCAUCGAUGCUCUCAAAGCUCAAAUUCGCAAAAUGAAAUCAGCUGGGAAGGAACAAUUAGUUCAAGAGUUGUUUCGUGCUGGAAUCAGAGCAGAGAUGAUGAGCUCCCCUUCCAUCUUUGUCAAACCGAACUUUGCACAGUUAGUGACCUACGGAUUUGCAUUAGUCCAGAAAGACGGAGACAUCAUAAGGUAUACAUUUUCCGAGCCGAUAGCUGUUCGAGCGGUGAUGGAAUAUCUUCGAACGGAAGGGGGAGACGACUAUCAAGAUCUCAUGUUGGAAUGGCUUGUCCAUACCCAAGAUGAUUAUGAAGUUCGAGCAAUGCUUGGUAAGGCUACCGAGUGGUUCGUUGCAAUGGCAAGACAUCCCAGCAUCAAAUCAUUCGACCGUUUACUCCGACGUCAACUCUUUGAUCAAGCUGGCCAACCAAGUCUCCUGGAAAGGUCCUCCCAUCGAGAAACCUUAUUGAAAUAUCUGUCAGAAUCUAUUGCCAUCGAUUCGAACACCCAGCAGAUGUUCAAGCUGAGCUCCGUGAUAAGGAUAAGCGACUUUUCGCUGCCUGAAUCGCAGAAAGCCUUCAGGUAUGAAACACCAGGUACGAUCUGGGACUGGUUGAAACAACAACGAUCAGGUGACCAAGUAUCUACACCUACCUUCAUGUUUCCCAAUAUAAACGCCGGUCCAGAUCUGGUGUUUUUACUGCAGAAGCAGUUGAUGGACUCUGCAACGCACAGCGUGCGUCAAACGAGACCUAUCGGCCAAGUAAAUAAGUUUGUCAUUAUAUCUCAGAUCAAGACUGGCCGAGGAGCCCGCUUUGAGGAUGCGAUGGAAACGUUGUUAGAUUGCAACUGGCAUAAGAAUCUGAAGAGUGCUACGCGAGAAGCUGAAGCCAGAGAGCUUCAACACUGGGGAGACACUCCAUUUAUAUUACUACUCGUGUGCACAGGAAUUACUGUCAGGCAGACGAGAUUGCAAAGCUGGAUCCGGAAGAAUUACAAUCGCAUCAAGGCAAACCACUUUAUCUGCGUUUUAGAUAAGAGUGUGGCUAGCAGCAUCUGGGGAAGUGACUUUGCGGCUCUGGCUGAUGCUAUAAGGAGACAAGAUUCGCAGAAGGGCAGAGGCUGGGAGCAACAGAUUAGAAAACACAACUAG